UAAUGGACGUAAAAACCUACUGAGCACACCGGCUGUCAGUGUCAUCAUCCAAAAUGGCAGCCACCGUAGGAAGACUGCUAAAGACCUCUGCAAGACUCGCAGCGGGAGGACUCUCCAGAACGGCCAACUGCACUGCCCUGCAAAGAGGCGGUUUCUCCACCAGCACAGCCAGAUUUGCUGCCGCGGUCACUCAUCCGGCACCGGCCUUUAAAGGCACCGCCGUCCACAAUGGAGAAUUCAAGGAGAUGAGCCUGGAUGACUUCAAGGGCAAAUACCUUGUCCUCUUCUUCUACCCACUGGAUUUCACCUUUGUAUGCCCGACUGAGAUCAUUGCGUUCAGUGACAAAGCGAACGAGUUCCACGAUGUCAACUGUGAAGUUGUGGGCGUGUCUGUGGACUCUCACUUCUCCCACCUGGCGUGGAUGAACACUCCACGCAAGGCUGGGGGGUUGGGUCACCUCCACAUCCCUCUUCUUGCUGAUCUGACCAAGCAGAUUUCCCGGGAUUACGGCGUCCUGCUGGAGGGUCCCGGUAUCGCACUAAGGGGCCUGUUCCUCAUCGACCCCCAGGGAGUGGUGAAGCACAUGAGUGUGAACGACCUGCCUGUGGGCCGCUCUGUCGAGGAGACCCUCCGUCUGGUCAAGGCCUUCCAGUUCGUGGAGACUCACGGAGAAGUCUGCCCAGCCAGCUGGACUCCAGAGUCCCCAACGAUCAAGCCAACCCCUGAAGGGUCAAAGGAGUACUUUGAGAAAGUAAACUAAAUAAAUGUGUCAAAAGCUUACUAAAUUGGCAUAUGCUCCACAUCUACAAAAACCAUAAUGUACCCUAUCAUAGAUCAAGUGUCAUUUGUCCUUAUUUCAUGCUCAGUUCAGUAAUAAAUAUUUCAGUGUAAUUGAGAGAUGCCUCCUUCAUUGACCAUCAUGCUACAUAACAGUAACAAAGCCACUCUUACAUAACCCCUGUACAUAAACAUGUUUAUUUUGUUUUUACAGCAAGUUAAUAUGCAGAUUUGAAAUGUCUUAAAAGACAUUGGUACACAACGAGGUGCCAAAAGAAAUCAACUUAGUGAAGAGGGGGAUGUUAAAUAAAAAUAAAAAAAUCAACAAAGGCAUUAUCAAUUUUCAUACAUGUAAGGUACAUACUGUAUUUACAGUUGGGACGCAUUUGAAACACUCUGCAUCUGGUAAUGAAAACAUCAAGUGUACAUUAAUUUCACUCUGUACAAUAUGUUUACAGGAGGGAGACAGUCUACUGCUCCCAGUCCUUUGGACAUUCACGAAGAUGUUUUUGGGUUAGGCAACGAAACGUGUGUGUGGGGCUUACCAGAGGUUUUAGAGUCUUCUUAAAGCUUAUAAAAUUAUAUGUAAAACACAGACAGAGGAGACGCCCUUUCUGCAGGCUUUUCCGAACCUCUUUAUACAGUUCAUCCUCAAAUAACAAACCCCAAACGCAUAGCUGUCUCCGGUUAGAGAUGCUCAGAGCAAACCAAACAGCGCGGAACAAAGUAGAGUAUGAUGAGCGCAUCGUUAGGUGGAGACUUCAUGCAAUUUCAGGCAGGAUGUAACAGUGCCACCAGCCCGACCCCAAGCACCAAACACUAAACUAAAAGAGGAACUGUCCAGAACAGAAUGAUUGGUUUAAAAAAAGAAAAGAAAAAAAUGAAAACCCUGUCGUAAAUCUGUACAACGAAAAUACAAUUGGGAUCUACAUCUAAAAAGGUACAUUAUGGUUAUAUACACUUUUCCCACCUAUCCAUAUAUUAUCUUUACAAGUAGACUUCAUUCAAACCCAAACACUAAGAAAACAGACUACGUAGGGGAAAUGGAACUACGUCAAAACAUCCAUUUCAAACAAUCUGCGUUGAAACGUACCUCAACUGUUGGGUCAGUUCAGCUUCUGUUUAAUAAUUUGUUUUGAGCAGGUGGAAAAAAAAAAAAAAACCAGCAGGACUAAAAAUAACUUCCCUCAAAAACGGAUGAGAUAUUGAAACGGAGUCUGCAUUGUCAAAAGAACGUAAGGUGUGUUGGGACGGUUACGAGAGCUCCUUGAGGUUGGAUGCAUGGCGUUUCUCGGCUGUGGCUGUACCAUCUUCUACCAACCUAUGCAUUUACUCCCCCGUCGUUUACGGUAAGAGCUUGAGGAGACCGAAAAAAACAAUAGUAACCA